GGGUCUCUGCAUUUUCUUUGCCACAACAAUAAUAGGAAAUUAGCAAAAACACCCUUUUUAUUGUUUUUUCAACAAAAGGCGCGUCAGCAACACAAGAAGCACUUUCACAAGUCUUCGCGUUUCCAUAGUCCAAGUCUUCUCUUCUCAAGCUUGGAAGUUUCCGGCUUUUCCUUGUUUGACCCCUUCCACUCAUUCACAUCCACACUAUCAAAUAUAAUCUUUAAACACUUUUAAGGUAACUUCUCGGUUCCCUUAUCAUCUGAAAUUUUCAAACUUUGGUUCAUUUUUGGAUAGAAAAUUUCCUCACUCUUCAUUUUCUGCUCUUUACUUAGUGUGUGUGUUUUUGGGCAGAGUUAUGUUUAUAGAAAGCUUCAUGGGUUUUCCUGAAUUGGGUUGUCCAAAAUCUCAGGGUGUGUUCUUGGGAGGGUUGUAGUGCUACGGAGUUUAUAUGUUGUGCUGUGGCUUGAAUUGGAUACCAAUCUGAGUGAGGAGGUGCUUGGAUUACUUCUUAUUGGCUUGUGUUAAGGAUAUAGGUGAAGAUGGUUCUGAGUAACCGGGUUUUGAGUUCUCGAAUUCUUGUGAAUUUCUUGCUGCUGAUUAGUUGUGGCAUGACCUUUGGGACUGUAACUGAUGUCUUCUGCUUGAAAAAAAUCAGAGAGUCCCUUCAGGAUCCCAAUAACUAUUUAAACUCUUCUUGGAAUUUCGACAACAAAACUGAGGGGUUUAUCUGCAACUUUAAUGGGGUUGAGUGUUGGCACCCUGAUGAGAAUAGAGUCUUGAAUCUCAAACUGUCAAAUAUGGGACUCAAGGGCCAGUUUCCUCGUUUCAUUCGAAAUUGCUCCAGCUUAACUGGAUUAGACCUUUCCAUGAACAAACUCUCUGGAAGCAUUCCAGGAGAUAUAUCGGAUCUUAUACAGUAUGUGACAUCUCUUGAUCUAUCUUCAAAUGAAUUUUCUGGGGAAAUACCUGUGAGUCUUGCGAAUUGUACCUUUCUUAAUACCCUUAAACUUGAUCAGAAUCAACUCACUGGUCAAAUCCCUCAACAAUUUAGCGCUCUCGCACGACUGAAGGAAUUUUCUGUAUCCAACAAUCUUUUGACAGGUCCAGUUCCUGGCUUUAACAAAAGUCAAGUUACGGUGUUGAGUUAUGCAAAUAAUCAAGGCCUAUGUGGAGAUUCAUUGCCGUCAUGCCAGACAAAGUCUUCCAAGAGUAACACUGCUGUUAUUGCUGGUGCUGCUGUUGGUGGGGUGACACUUGCUGCAUUAGGAUUGGGUGUUUUAAUGUUCUUCUUUGUGCGACGUGUUUCUUUCAAGAAGGAAGAGGACCCCGAAGGAAACAAAUGGGCAAGGAGUAUAAAAGGAACUAAAACAAUUAAGGUUUCCAUGUUUGAGAAAUCAAUUUCAAAAAUGAAAUUGAGUGAUCUCAUGAAGGCUACUAACAACUUCAGUAACACCAAUAUCAUUGGGAAAGGAAGUACAGGAACAGUUUACAGAGCUGUUCUUGAUGAUGGCACAACACUUAUGGUUAAGAGACUGCAGCAAUCUCAGCACUCUGAGAAAGAAUUUAUGUCUGAGAUGGGUACACUGGGGACUGUUAGACAUCGUAACCUUGUUCCUCUUUUAGGUUUCUGCAUGGCCAAAAAGGAGAGGCUUUUGGUCUAUAAAAACAUGCCAAAUGGCAACCUCUAUGAUCAACUACAUCCUGCAGAUGGUGGGAGCACUCUCGACUGGCCCAUGAGGCUCAAAAUUGCACUUGGAGCAGCCAAAGGGUUAGCAUGGCUUCAUCAUAGCUGCAAUCCCCGUAUCAUCCACCGAAACAUAAGCGCAAAGUGCAUCUUGUUGGAUGCUGAUUUUGAGCCCAAAAUUUCUGAUUUUGGCCUUGCCAGACUGAUGAACCCAAUUGAUACUCAUUUGAGUACUUUCGUAAAUGGCGAGUUUGGGGAUUUUGGAUAUGUUGCUCCUGAAUACACUAAAACUUUGGUUGCUACCCCGAAGGGGGAUAUUUAUAGCUUUGGAACUGUGCUUCUUGAGUUGGUGACUAGUGAAAGACCUACCAAUGUGGCUAAAGCUCCAGAAACUUUUAAAGGAAAUCUAGUAGAAUGGAUUACGGAGCUCUCAAGUAAGUCACAACUCCAGGAUGCCAUUGAUGAAUCACUAGUUGGCAAGGGUGAUGAUACCGAGCUUUUCCAAUUUUUAAAGGUUGCAUGCAACUGUGUUGUACCAACUCCUAAGGAGAGGCCCACCAUGUUUGAAGUAUAUCAGCUUUUAAGAGCUAUUGGGGGUAGAUACAAUAUAAUAACUGAGGAUGACUUGUUGUUACCUACAGAUAUUGGUGAUACUGAAAACUUGGGGGAACUUAUUGUAGCUCGAGAAGGAAAUAUAUGAAAAGGUAUGUGAAAAUAUAUACAGGGUAUAUGUAAGCAGUUUUAAAUUUUAAUAUGUAAUUAUCUAUUUCUUACUUUGUUUUCCUAAAAUAAAUGUUAGGGGUAUAUGUAGUUUUGAGGAUCUAGAUCCAGAUGUGUGCUAUUGAAAUUGGAACGUCAAUAUAAGUUCAUCAAUCAAGGAUUAGA